AUGAUGAAAUUCAUCCAUUUUGUUUUCCUACUCUCGAUUUCGUUCCACGCCAUCGCUCGAGCAACCGAGUCGUCGGAAUCUGAAUCUCGGGAUUUGUCGAUAUCGUCGUCGUCGGAAGAGUUGAAGUAUAAUGAGAAUGUGGAGGAGUUGAUGAAGGUUGAUGGAGGGAACUCGACAGCGGAAGAAGUGAAAGAUACGGAAACUGCUGAAAAAGCAAAGUCUUCUGAAAAAGCUGACGGGCCAGCUGCCGAGACUGAUUUGAAAAAGUUCGACAAGGGAUUGGAAUCGGACAAGAAGGAAUACAUUCAGAAGAGAGCGAAAGUUGACUCAUCGGAGGAAUUGAUGAAGGGAAAUUCGACGGAAAGUCUAACCUCGGAUGAUAUGGAGAUGAUGGAGCAGUUCAACAAGACAAUGGAGGCUGAUGAUGAGAUGCUCAAGAGCAACGAGACAGUUCUUGGAAUUGAUACUUUUGGAGCACAAGGAAUUUGA